AUCGGUUACAUAGCCCGCCCUCAUCCAAAAUCAAUUAAAAUUCACACCCUAAAAAACCCCCAAAUUCUCUUCUUUCCCCCCCAAUCGAUUAUUUCUUUCAAUCUUUUCCCCCCCGAAUUUCCAAAACACUUCUCUUUAUCUCUCUCUCUCCAGUCUCCACCCAAUUUUCUCUUUCCAGAAAUUCUCACCAAAUUGAAUCUCACUGUCCGAUCACUGCUUCCACUGCGUUAGGGUUUCGUUUUCCGCUAGGGUUUUCGCUACAUCUCUGUAGAUUUCUGCUCCAUUUCUGUAAAUUCAUCCAUGGCGACGGAGGUUCAAGAUGAGAAGAUGCCGGAGAAUGAGCCGGAGAGCGGCGGAGGUACGGUAGUUGAAGACGGCGGGAAGGUUGUCGAAGAAGAGAUAGUAGAAGAGAAGGAAACUAUGGAGGAAGGUAAGGAGAAUGAGGAGGGAGAAGAUGCGAGGGAAGAAGAAAUGGAGGAGGAGAAAGACGAGGGAGAAGAAGAGUUGGAGGCUGAGGAGAAGAACGUAAACAAAGGUAAGAGAGAUCGUAAGCAGGGUAAGAAGGUAGCAGAGGAGAAGGAAGAGAAGGCGAAAAGUGAAGAAGAAGGGGAGGAGGAUGAAGAAGUAGGGGAGGAUGAAGAGUCAGAGAAGAAGAAGAGGAAGAAGAGUCCUCCUUCGAGUCCGAAAGAAGCUGCUACUCCUAAAGUGGAGAGGCCUACUCGAGAGAGGAAAGCUGUUGAGAGGUACUCUAUUGCUUCACCGGCAAGUCGGUCCUCCGGUGGGAAAUCGUUGUCAAUUGCGAAGGGUAGUGGAACAGUGCUUAAGGAAAUUCCAAAUGUGGCUUAUAAGCUAUCAAAGAGAAAACCUGAUGAUAAUUUGCAAUUACUGCACACAAUUCUUUAUGGAAAGAAAGCAAAGGUACAUAAUUUGAAGAAAGAUAUUGGUCAAUUUUCAGGCUUUGUCUGGACUGACAAUGAGGAAAAACAACGAGGUAAAAUAAAGGAGAAGCUUGACAAAUGUGUUAAAGAAAAAUUGAUGGACUUUUGUGAUGUGCUCAAUAUUCCUAUUAAUAAAGCUUCUGUUAGAAAGGAAGAUCUCUCAGUGAAGUUAUUAGAGUUUUUGGAGUCACCACAUGCUACCACCGAGCUUUUGCUUGCUGAGCAGAAAGGGAAAACACAGAAAAAAAGGGCAACAGCUGUGAAGAGCCGGAGUUUGAAAGCUUCAUCUGCUGAAAAGUCUGCUAAGAAAACUCAAUCUGGGGAAAAGCAGAAAAAGACAGCAAAAGACGAAGAAGAGAAUGAAGCUGAUGAUAAGGAUGCUAUUUUGGAUACCCAAUCUCACUCUUCCGAAGAGGAGGGUUCCAUGCAGAAGCAAGAGAGUGAUCAGGAGACAGAUUCAGAACAAGAAGAAGAGGAAACUAAAGAAAAGAUGACAACCCCAAAGAGUUCGGCCAAGGAUAAUUCUGGGGCUAAGAAUGGGAAAAAAUCUACCAUUGCUAAGAAAAGUAGCUCUGAGAAACCUGCCAAAAGCCCUGCAAAAUCUGCCAAGAAAACCGCAGUUGCUCCUAAAAAGUCUCCAGCAGCUGCUGAAGUCUCUGCCUCAUCCUCCAAGCCAAAGGGGUCAUCAAGUAAGAAGAAAAAGGUUGAAGAGGAAACACAAAAGGAAAAGCCCAUUCCCACUGAGGAGAAGCCCUCAAACAAGAAAGGAAGCAAGUCAGCAGCUAAAUCUUCUGUCAAAGAUCAAGGUAAAGGUAAAACAAAGAAAGAAGCUAAAGCAGAGCCAACAAAUGAUGAACUGCGGUCCCAGGCAGUGAAUAUCUUGAAAGAAGUGGAUUUUAAUACUGCAACUCUAUCUGAUAUCCUCCGACUGCUUGGCUCCCAUUUUGGCGUUGACUUGAUGCACAGAAAGGCAGAAGUUAAGGCCAUUAUCACGGAAGUAAUUGAAAACAUGUCUAAUGACGACGAUGGGGAUGACGAGGAUGAUGGUGAGGAUACAGAUGACUCGGGGAAAGCAUAAGUGUACUGGUGAUGCUUAGCUGAUGUGAAGAGAUAUAAUGUUGGCUGUUCCAAUGCAUUAAACCAGCCUACUCGUGUAAUUGAUUAAAGCAUUUGAAUUGUGUUAGAGUUCUUCAUACCAUAGAGUUGUAGACUUGUAGAUUAGAAAAAUCCUGCAACACUGGUCUAUGUAUCAUAGACAAUUCUUUUCUUUUAACUUAAAAACUGUUAAUUAGGUUGUUUUAGAUGUCUCCAACAAUCUGUAUUUUCUUAUUGUAUUGUGGACCUUUCUUGUUGAAAUUUCGUUGAGAAUCAAUAGAGUUUUGUAGGAUACACCAACUUGACGCUGUAUCAUUGCUCA